GUAUAUAAUUAAGCAUUUGCAUGGGAGAGAUAUAGCUCUUUAUCCUCCUACCUAUUCUUAUAUUCUGCCCUCUUUAAGAACUAAGCCCAUUACUUGAAUUGACGACCAGGCUAUUUAUUACUAUCAUAAUAUCAACAUGGCCUCGGAAUCUGGCCUAAUAAGUUCUAAUGCAUAUCUUGAAGAUGUGCCAGAAGUGGAAGCUACGUUUCGCUUUACAGACUCUGAUAGCCUGAGAAGAACCCUUCGCGAGUUCUCUUACACCACAAGGGAUCGUGACGAACUUAGUGACAAGACUGUUCUCGUUACAGAAUUCCCGCCCGAGAGCUUCAUUAUCGACAGUGACGAAGAGUACGAAGAGUCUCCUAUCCCAAAAUCCUAUAAGGCCCUAUAUCUCGAAGAUGUAAGAAUCCUCGUCCUCGUCAUGCGGGGGCUCCCUCGCGAAGUAGCCAGUCAGCAUUUUGGAGUGAAACUCGGUAUAAAACUAAAUGGCAUGAACUGCUUGGAGGAAAUUAUUCUGACCGGAGGAGCGACACGUGCACUACGUGGUGUUAGAAAAGAGCCAGAUGGAUCGUGGGGCCCGAGAGGCAAAGAGUACAGCACUUGUGUACUAGAAUCAGGGGUUUCGGAGAGCAACCGCGCACUGCAGCGCGAUGCCAGGAUAUGGUUGGAGCACGAAGAAUCUCAUGUAUCGCAAGUGGUCACAAUAAAGAUUCACCGCGUACGACCAGAGAUUGUUUUUAGCGUGUGGAAGGCAACAGAGGAAGAGAUAUCAACUCAACGUCGCUCAUUUUCAGAACAAGAGGUUCUUGUGACACUAACACAUGGGCGACUAACGGCAGAUGGAAGACUUUGUCUCUCGUUUGAGGAGCUUUUUGAGCGGCCACCACGGCCUGGGACACGAGAGUGCGAUAUCGUCUUUUCUCCUGAUUCGCAUCUAGUGAAGAAGAUAGGAGCGGUGAGAAACUGA